GUGGGGCAAUGUGAGCCCUUGCUUAAUGAGCAGAUGAUAAAUUUUCAUGUUUAAUGAUAUUCAUUCCUGGACCUGGACAAUUUAUAGGUUGGGUGGAGGCCCUAGGAAGUGAGUAAAACCAGGAAGAAGAUGAGUAGGAAGAGAGUACAUGGUUUCUCUGGGCUGUGACAAGACAGAUGCUGAUCAAAUAGAUUCCUUUUGAGUGAUGAGCAGCAUCUGACACGAUUAUUAGCAACAUCACAGCACACCUUCAGCACACGAGUAUUAACUUGGGCAAGGAUAAACGUGAAGUGAAAAGUCUCAGCAUUGUAUGCUAGUUGUUUUUGGCUGUGUGAAACUAUCUGUGAGAUCUCAAGUUUCAUCUUACUGUUUCCUUCAAGAAAAUCGCUGCAGCUGCUUCUUUCUCUUCCCUGUGGUGUCAAUCCCAGCGUGCUUCAUCUAUUGACACCAAGCAAGAUGAAUGGCUCAGAAGCAAGAACUGACUCUAAACACCCAAAGGUCAUAGGGGAUUUCCCAGGUCAUUUUCUUCCUGGAGUACUUUUCUUUAUUAUAGCUCUUUGGUGGAUUAUAAAGAAUAUUCUCAAGCAUGUUUGUGAACAGCAAAAGAGGUCUUCCUUCCUUCUUACCAAAGAAUUCUUCAUUCGAGCAGAAAUUAUGGAGGGAAUUGUCAUAGUUGGCAUGGCAAUAGUAGGAAUAACUGGUCUAUACCUCAUGCUUGGAAAGCGAAACCAGCUACCAGAUAAAGAAUCCCAGUUGGUCCUAGUCCUGCACUGGCAUCAUCUUGCCAUUUAUUUCUUCUUUGCAAUGCUAGGUGGGACCAAGAUCUUAUGUUUCACCAUUAGAUCACUUCCAGUCUCUUUGGUCAAGUUAAUGUUAUCAAAUGCCUUGUUUGUGGAUGCUUUCAUUUUCUACAAUCACACAUAUGAUCGGGCAUUAGUGGACACUUUCGGGCAUCAACUGUUGAGCUUCGCUAUGUUUUUGGCAGGUCUGGUUGCCUUCCUAGAACUAUUCACAAAGAACAAUCUAAUUCUGAAGCUCCUGAGGUCAAGCCUCACCAUGCUACAUGGGUUGUGGUUCUUACAGGUUGCUUUUGUCCUGUAUCCCAAAAAUAGAGACCAUGCAUGGGACCUGUCUGAUCACAGCAACGUUAUGUUUCUCGCCUCAUGCUUUUGUUUUUAUUAUGCAUUGACCUAUUUCAUCAUUGGAAUUAACUAUGCUCUUAUUACUUGGUUGGUUAAAUGGAGACUUAGCAAGCUCUGCACCUCAGAAACUCAACUUCUGAAAAGUCCUGAACAGCAAGAAGAAUCGGAAAAUGAAAUGUGAUUUUCUUUUCUUUUUUCUUUUGGCCUGGUGUCCAGUGUCUCUAAACAGGGCUUUUAUUUAUUGCAUUGUCUUUGUUUGUGGUUUUGUCUAGUGAAUGGUAUGGAAAGAAGCUGUGACCAUGAAACUGUAAUCUUACAAGAUCAGAGCCAAAUUAUCAUUGGCCAUCUUCAGCCAAAUUAACAGCAGUUUAUUACCCAACUCUGUGUGUGACCUAACAUAUUUGUGGGUAUAAGUAAAUCCUUUGGAAUAUACAAACAGGCUCUUGACUUCUACCUAGUCGAAAUCUAUGAGGGCAUCGGAGGCCUAUAGUUGAGGUUUCCCCCCCUUUUCUGUAAACUGCCUACCUGAUGUUUCCACCAAACGCAUUUAAAAGUGUUUAGAAUAUGA